AUGACAUCAGAUCUACUGAAACCACUGCUGAGAGAUGCAUAUGACCGACAUGCUAAAAGCAAUCCGAUUUCCCUUGAACAAUUCAAGGCCGGGUUGGAUCAUAUGCCAGGGGCAAACACGCGUUCGGUGCUUCAUAUCAACCCCUUCCCGAUCACGAUUGCCAGAGGAGAAUCAGCCACUCUGUUCGAUGUUGAUGGCCACGAGUACAUCGACUUCUUGGGAGAAUUCUCAGCCGGGGUCUACGGCCAUAGUUCUCCAGUGAUCAAGAAAGCCAUCAUUGAUGCUCUUGACAAGGGCUGGAAUUUUGGUGGCAAGAACGAAUACGAGCCCCAACUGGCGAAGACUCUGGUUGAACGGUUUAGCUAUAGCAUGGACUCGAUCCGGUUCUGUAACUCAGGCACGGAGGCAAAUCUGAUGGCUUUGGGAGCUGCUACCAAUUUCACUCGCAAGCAGAAGAUUCUAGCCUUUCGGAACGCGUACCAUGGAAGCACCCUGACGUUCUUUGAACACCAGUCUGCAUAUACCCUCAACUCUUACAACGAUUUCAUUAUUGCACCAUACAAUGAUGUAUCCGAAACUGCAAGUAUUGUGUCCAGCCUUCCACCAGAGUCCCUGGCAGCAAUCAUCGUGGAGCCAAUGCAAGUCUCUGGAGGCUGCAUAGUUGGUACACAUGUGUUUCUUCAGUACCUUCGAGAACUGGCCACUGCGAACAAAGCAGUGCUCAUUUUCGAUGAAGUAAUGACAUCACGGCUACACUAUGGAGGUCUCCAAGUGAAGCUCAACAUCAAGCCUGACAUUACCACUAUUGGGAAGUGGACAGGUGGAGGAAUGAGCUUUGGAGCGUUUGGGGGACGUAACGAGAUUAUGCAAUUGUUCGAUCCACGAGAAGGCAAGCUAAAUCAUGCCGGUACAUUCAACAAUAACGUCGUCACCAUGGCUGCAGGUAUUGCCGGCUGCGCUAUUUUGGAUGAAGAGUUGACAAAUAGCCUCAACGAGCGAGGUGAUAGGCUAAGACAUGAAAUCUCCAAGCUGAUAGAGAAACGAUUACCUGCAAUGUCGAACCCAAGAUACGUGGGGAAUAGGAUCGCAACCAGAGGUCUAGGCAGUCUCUUUGUUGUUGGUUUCGUUGGGCCAGAAAGCAGUUCACUCCAGUCGCUACUAUACCACCACCUUCUCGAGCAAGGGAUCUACAUUGCUGCUCGAGGAUUUUUAGCUUUGACUAUUGAGGUCACUGAAGCUCACUUCAAGCCACUACUUAGCGCUCUUGAUAGCUUCAUUGAGAGAUACAGAACGGUCCUGACUUGA